UUGCUUGACAUGACCUACAAAGAAGUCUUCUUUCUUUCACUUCUCUCAUGGGCAGCCAACGGGCGUGUUACGCUCACCACUAACGGCUAUGAAGGUCUCGUGAUCGCCAUCGGUGAAAAUGUAGCAGAAGAUUUCUCACUGAUAGAGCGCAUCAAGAGUGUCAUGGCCAAUGCAUCAUCCUACCUCUACACGGCUACAAAACGAAGAGCAUAUUUCAAAGAUGUGACAAUAUUGGUUCCAGAAACGUGGAGCGACAGAACGAUAUACGAGCCCAGAACGAUCGAACGCUUUGAGUCUGCUGAAAUCAGAAUCGACGAGCCGGUCUUUCCUGGCGCUCAUAGCGCCUACGUUCAGGUGUCGGCUCUCAAGUGUGGCAUGUCGGGCAUCUACAUGCACAUCACUCCACGUAGACUGACGGAUGAGAAGAUCAACAAUAUUACUCCGUCUGCGAAGAUGAUCGUUCACGAGUGGGGCCAUUUGCGGUGGGGUGUAUUUGACGAGUAUGCAAAUAAUGUGCGGAGACUUGUUUAUCCGUCAAGCAGCGGCACUGGAACAGAGGCCACAGCCUGCUCCGUUAACUUUGCCAAAGAGGGCAAAGUAACAAAUGCUGUAGGAAGUGACUGCUCUCCUUUUAAUGUUCACAGUUCGUGUCGAUAUGAACCACCCAAGAAUCCCACUGCAAGAGCGUCCAUUAUGUUCAAGCAAUACAUUUCUUCGGUCAACACUUUUUGUGAUGAUGGAGAUGACGAGUCAACUAAGCAUAAUGCAAUGGCUCCAAACAGUCAGAACAUCUAUUGUCAGUACAGGAGCACGUGGGAUGUCAUCCAAUCUCACGAUGACUUCAAGGAUGGGAAUAACCCACCCGGUCGUAUUGACAGAAAUACAAAGCCAAAGUUCAGUAUCGUUAGGUCUGGUUCACAAAGAGAUAAUGUUGUCUUAGUUUUGGAUCUGUCUCGAAGCUUGAGAGUUGGAAAUAGAAUUGAUGCAUUGAGACAAGCAGCUCGACUGUUUAUUGCUGGUGUUGGAGAUGGCACAUCGAUCAGUUUAGUUACCUUUCAGGACAGUGCCGCCAAACGUCUUGCUCUCACUGAAAUUAUGAAUAGCAAGGAUCGAAAAAAUGUCAUGAAAAUGUUGCCAACAAAAGAUGAGUUGAAAGGAGGAACAAGCAUUGGAGCUGGCAUCAAAGAAGCACUAGAAGUUCUCACAGGUUUAGAGAUUGAUGACACAACGAAACCAAGUGAUAUUCCUCCAUCUGGUGGAACUAUUGUAGUCAUAACUGAUGGAGAAGAGACUGCAAGACCAUAUAUAGAGUCAAUAGUUCCAUUGGUGUCUGCAGCUAAAGUGAUGGUUUUUCCUAUUGGCCUUGGUCCACAUGCCUCAACAAACUUGAAUCUUUUAGCUGAGCCAACAAGCAGAGUGACUUACUUUGUUGACACGGAUGAGAAGCAUACAUCAACUCAGAAAUUGAGUGAAGCGAUGGUGACUGUGUUGGAUCUGAUGACCCCAUCACACACUAAUCAUACCAUCCAUCUGCACAGUAUGUCUGUUUCGGUGUCUCCAAUGGAGCGUGUACGUGGACAUGUAAUAGUUGAUGUGGAGGUGGGAAUGCAUACAGUGUUCAUGUUUAUGUGGAGUAAACUUGUGACAGGAAAAAAAACUGUUCAUGUUACUCUAAUUUCACCAUCAGGCAAACUAAUGAACAAAACCAACUCUGCAUUUCACUUGGAUCGAUCAUUUAUGACUAUUCAGAUCUCACCAUUUGACAAAGCUGAGUCGGGUACAUGGAAAUAUGAAAUUUACAAUCCAGGAACUGUGGAACAGUCCAUUUCUGUUUCUGUGACAUCAAAACAAGCCCAUACUGCUAACAAUCCCAUUACUGUGCAAGCUCGAUUGAGUGAAAUGAUGGUUUCAUAUCCGAGUCCUGUUAUCAUCUCUACCGAUGUGAAGAAAGGUUAUAUGGUUGUAGUGGGAGCAACAGUCGAAGCCACAAUAUCACGAUCUGGUAUGUCACCCAUGACGCUCAUGCUUUUGGACAAUGGAAUUGCUCCCGAUAUGUCAGCUGGAGAUGGAACAUACACGGCAUAUUUCACUAACUAUACGGGUGAUGGACAAUACAAUGUUGUCGUGAAGGUUGAUGCAGCAACCAAUACUGCAGAGAUGAUGCAAAUGGUUCAAACGGAUGAUCUGAUGGCUCUUUCUGAUGAGGAGAUGAAAACUAUUGGAAUGACAAGACAGCACGAGUCUCGAGAAAGACAGAUUAUGACAGAGUUUUCAAGAAUGCGAUCUGCAGGUUCAUUCAAACUGAUGGGUUUUAAUGGCUCAGUGGAUCUCAUGUCUCCCUCUCGAGUCAUGGACCUUAGAGUUGUUCAUUCAAGUCGAUCAGAAUCAACAGCGACAUUAAAUUGGGUUGCUGCUGGUGAUGAUGCUUACAGUGGAAAAGCUGAUAAAUUUAGUUUGAGAAUUUCAUCAGAUUUUCAUGAGCUUUUGCGUCGUUUCAAUGAGAGUGCUGAAGUGUCAUAUUCCAAUAUAGUGGGUGGCUCACUGAUACCAGUUGAGGGAGGAAACGUACAAGAAGUGACUGUCAAGGUGCCACAGGAGGCAGACACAUACUUUGCAGCUUUAGAGACUUAUGAUAAAUAUGGAAAUCCAUCAGGUGUGUCCAACAUCGUUCAACUUGAUUUGCAAGAAAACAGUGGAGCAAUAAACAUAUCAGGGUCAUUAGUGAAGUCAGUAAUGCUAAUUCUGCUGUCAUUUGUAUUAAGAACAUUUGUGCAGUUAUAGUAGGAGAUGAUUUAUGUUUGUUGUUAUUCAGACACAAAUCAUUAGAAUUAAUUACAUCGAUUACUAAUUUCUAUUUAUAAUUGAUUUUGUGUUAGAGCUUAAAAUAGUGUUAAAAACGCAGAAUGAGUAAACAGCUUGAUGUCAUGCUGGCCGUGGCUUUACUGUUUCUGUUUUGUGUUACUUUACUUUUAAUUAAAUUUUGUAGGAAAUUGUUACAAUAAAGUCUUGUAUUAAACAUGUCUUGCAGCGUUAUUACAUGUACUAUAUCUCAUUGAUAUCUCA